CUAUUAAGAGACUAGGACUCAGGACUGUCAAGAUGGAAAAAGUGAACAUGAUUAUAUUUAUUUUCAGCUUAUACGGUAGCAGCUCAAACUACAGCUGAUCUUAGUGUCUAUGUGCUGCUCAGUAGCAGCUCAAACUACAGCUGAUCAUGAAGUGGCACCUCGAUGUUCCACUGGGUUUCCAGCCGUUGACUCUCUCCAACCGAGUACAGAUCUCACUGAGAUAGCUCCGGAUUCUGGGACACAAGAUGGAAUACAAGUUAUCACUCCAGGACUAAAGUUUAAGUGCUAUGGACAAAUCACAGAAUGGAGAGCUCUAGUCACUGUCGAAGAUUAUAACACUGGUCUAAGAUUAGUGCACACAUUGUAUCUACAAGUUUGGAGGUCAAGUCAAGAUUUUGAUGAAAAAUUCGAUCUAGUUGGAUCUAACCUAUUAAGUUAUCGCCCUCGAACUGAAACAGUGACACUUGAUAGUUCCAACAUCACAUUCGCAACGCUCACUAGUCAAGUUUCUGAAGAUGAACGAAUUCAUUUCCAACCAAAUGAUGUACUGGGCUGGUACAGUCCAACAACACAAGGACUUACACUCGGUUUUGGUGUAGCUUUGCAUAGCAACGACUCAAGCUCAGACCUACUUAUCAAAGUGUCGUCAAGUGAUCCCUGUGAGCUGUAUAUGUGCGACGAAGAAGUCCACAAACAAUCCUCUCUCCCGCUCAUUACUCUGCAGUAUAAAACUACAGCUGCAACCUUAGGCACUGUUUCGGCUAACGGAAUAUGCACUCAACAAAAUUCUCCGUUAUCGUGUGCAGAAUCUACAACACAGAUUCAACCUACUCAAACCACAUUACCCACCAACAACACCAUGUCUACUGCCGAUACGACUGUGUUUGUUAUUGCUGGUGUAGUUUCAAGUGGGCUGCUUGUAGUAGCCAUAAUCAUAUCUAUUUCUACUUUGAUAUGCAUAAAAAGGCAUGGCUGCAUGGAGAGAAUUGAAGAACAUAACACAGAACCUAUGUAUGACUACAUUGAUACUAAUCCGAGUGACAUCUUAACAAAUGGGAAUCCAGCCUAUGGGGAAGUUGCCACAACAAGUGAUGACCACAUGAACGAGGGAAUGAGAGAAGCAGCAGACAUUAGAGUGGCAGCAAACGAAGCAUACGGCACUUCCACACAAAUACAUUCAACUAUAACAUAUGACUGCUAAAACUGAGCAUGCAUAAAGAUUAUAGCAUUAUACACUUUACUAUAACGCCUAGCAUCCUGUGUUUAUUGUAAUUAUA